UCCUGAGUGGACGAGCACGCUACCUACGGUCCACGCCUCCCUCCUCCGUCUCCUCUCCUGCUUCUACCUCUUCAUCAAACAAGUCGCUGCUGCAGCCUCUCGGUACUUUAUCGAGCGCUCAUUGAAAGCGGCCGGAUCCGUGCGUAAAGGAGCCUUCCGAAGCAAAACUAACACCCGCCGCUCACGCACAGCGCACUUUCUAUUUUUUCCCUCUCUCUGCCCGACCAGAACAUUGUGUCCUUUCCUCUUUUCUUGCGGGGAGGAUGACAGCCAAGCAUCGGAAAGGGAAGAGCAACCACAAGCACGAAGACAACUUUUUCAAAAAUGAGGUCGCGGAGUCGGAAGUUCGCGGCGGAGCGAACAACUACACGCUGCUGCUGGUUCUGUUCCUCAUGAUCGUGAUCGGCGGCGCCGCCGGUGCGUGGUUCUGCUUCCAGCAGCACCAAACUUUAACCUACUUGACGGACAAUCUCAUGGGCAUGCAGAUGAAAAUAGUGAAGCUGCAGGCCUCCCACGAAGAAAUGCGACAGUCCAACAGCAAGCAUCAUAUUUCCGAGAGCCUUGAGACCCGCCUGAAUACCCUGGAGGAGUCUUACGCACUGGCCCAGAAACAGGUGGGCAUGGCGUUGGCUACAGCUGAACAGCUCCGGACGUCUGACCUCCCCGCUCAGGUGCUGUCGCUUCACACUGAGAUGAAAACGCGCCUGGCAGAGAUGCAGCAAGCCACCGUGUCUCUGGAGCAGCUGAGCCAGCUGCAGACCAUGCUGAAGGGGAAGAGCGAGGAGUUCGAGGGGGUCAGGAUCCAGGUGGAGAGCCUGGCCACACUGAGCUCCGAGCUGUCCCACAAGGUCGAGGAGCUGGCAGGCAGCCUGGGAGAAGCAGAAUCCAAGCUGGACGAGCGAGCCGGACACGUCGCCGCACUGAGUGCCACCCUGGACGGACAGGCCGCCGAGGUGCUCACGCUGAAGCAGCAGCUGGAGACCUACCAGGCCCGGCUCGAGGCCAGCACGCUGGAGAUGACUACUGUCAGAGAGUUGCUUGAGAGUGAACAGUCCCAGCGGCUCCAGCAGGCCAGCCUGGAGGAGCAGCUCAAUACGGUACGUCAGAGUCUGCAGGAUCAGAGCUCAGCAGCCCGUAGUCUGACCUCUGGCCUCGGGGCUCAGUUGGAGAACAUGCAGAAGCAGGUUAGCCAGCUGGUAGGAGAAUCUCAACCUCCUGCUGAGCCUGAAGAUGAGACCGAGGAAGAGGCAGCUCCCGCAACUGAGGAAGAGGCAGCUGCAGCAACUGAAGAAGAAGAAGAAGAAGAAGAGGCAACUCCUGCAGAUUUAGAAAAAGAAGAACCUAACCCAGAAGAAGAGGCAGAGGCAGAUGAAGGAGGAGAGGCAGCUCCUGUCGAGCAGGAGGCCUCUGUGACGGACGACGCUGCUCCCGCAGAGGAGGUCGAGUCAGUCCAGAAGGAUCAGAUUGAUCAAGACGAGUCGGGCGCGUUAUCAGAAAAGGAAGAAGAGGACCCAACAUGGACACCAGCAGACGAAGAAGAAGUAGUAGAAGAAGUAGAAGAAGAAGAGAUGCCCGAGGAGAAGGCAUCUGAAGGAGAGACGGUUCAGGAAGAGCCAGCACUCGAGGAGAAGCUCAGCGUAGAAGAGGAGGCGUCAGAAGGGGAAGAAGAACAGCAGGACGUGGCAGCUGAAGAGGAGGCAGAUGAAGAAGAAGAAGAAGAAGUAGAGCCCUUAGAAAAUGAUGACUUAACAGAGGACGAAUAGUGCAUAUCACCAGUAAAGGGACUUUAUUCCACACCGGACACAUCCACCAAGGAGAACAGGAAACUUGCUCAGACGAAAGUCACGGUCUACGAUAUGACAAAUGCUGUAGGGAAGGCAUUAUUGAUCGCUGUUGUUUAGGUGCAGUGUUCAUUAUGUGGUUUUUAAAGGCAGAAGAAAAUGAGUCACCACUUUUGGGAGUUGGAGCUGAAACCUGUACCUCGGAAUAGCAGACGGCUGUUGAGUUAGGAAGCGAGUACUUCAGGGUUUACCUGCCAAUAACGACCUCAAACGCCUUAAUCCAUACAAGAGAAUGACUGUCUUUCUACAGAGCGUCUUCCACUCUUCACAACUCACUUCCCUUUCUUUUUUUUUAAAUCGAGAUCUCUGUACUAAACUGGAAAAACUAAAAGCCAAUGAAAUAACACGAUAGACUGUUUCUCAAUGCACUUGAAGCCAUAAUCGAUGUCUGUCUGUGUUUCUUUAUGUGUAACCCUGCCUGGAACGAUUCAUGAGACAGUAUUUCAGAAGAGAAAAAGAAACAGUUGCAGGAGCUUAAUGAACCCCCAGUUUACACAGGCAAAACUAAAGAGCUAGCAAAAAAAACAACAAAAAAUAUCUUUCAUAAGACAAACAAAGAAUUCCUCAAUGUUUUAAAGGAAGUGUACGGAAGCCCCGAGAGGAGAAAAAAUAUAUAUUAAAGUGUGAUUGAAAUUGUUUUUCUCACCUGUGUUUAUGACGACAACAGCAAAAAUAUGUUUCCAGUAUAAUCUGUCUUCGUUCUCUCCAUGUUCUUUUUCAUUUGUGAAACAAAUUGGGAGAAAAGUUUUACCAGGAGUAAGAAGUGUUGUUGUCAUACUUUCUUCAUGGGUGGUGCAGAACAUGAGGGACACAGAACAUUUGCAGGUUUGAGGGGACAACCGCAUGUUUCUGAUCGGUUGUGGCUGCAACUUUGCCCUCAAACGUUCACCAGCGUUGAAUUUGGCCUCACAGGUGAAUGCAAAUGCUUCAUUUGCCCCAUUUUGCCCCAUAGAACGAAAGUAAAUGUGUCCUCAGCCGUAAAAAUAAUCGCCGCCACCUGUUUUCAGAUGGACACGAACGGAAGAAAGAAAGAUUUGACAGAUUAAUUUAUUUUACUGGUUUAUUUGACAGGGAUGGUACAUGAAGGUAUCGUUAAAUUUAGAUAAAGUGCAACCGAUGCGGUGUAUGUCCCUGUCUUGCGUCGUCAAACACAAUGCAGGAAACAGUUUAGGUCAGACUUACGCUUUGGCUACAUUCAACACGUGACGUAUGCAGUGAAAUGAUCUUUAAACUACACCUGCAGCUCACGUGCUACGCAAGGUGUGUGAGCCACAGGUCAAAACAAGAUGGUGACCAUUAGUUUAUGAGACGCUGUGAAACUUUGAGUUUGUGUGAUAUCCGUAAGUUACCAAAUGUCUUUUAUUUAUUUUUUCACUUUAAUCAUUUCCCUGUCAGUUUAUCCUGUCAGCUGUUAUGAAAGAAACAACUCUCAAACCCACACUGCUAACUCAUGGCGCUCAGGUCUAAGUCAUUCACUGUAUACCACAAGUGUAAUUUUGAUGAAGUAAAUUACAAAAAAAAAAAAGGAAGACUGGCCCUUUUUAUGCCUGAAGAGUGGAUCUUUGUGCUGCUACUCUCACGCCUGGUGUGGCCAGUUUCACUGAUCAUACACUGCGUACGUGACGUGUUCAGUGUAACCAGAAUUUUAGAGAUUAGAUCACCUGAGGUUUUUUUUUUCUCACUUGCCUCUCAAGGCUUCCACAGAAAAGGACUGUAGAUGUUUUUUUUUUUUUACUUUUUCAAGCAUAUAUGUGCUAUGUGCUUCAGUUCUUAAAAACUGGAGGUUUGCUUGACAUAGUUUGGCUAAUGAAUGUUUUUUUUUUUUUUUUUUUUCCCCACUGAAUCCAGCUCCAGUCCGACCGAACACACCUGUAGUACUGUCACGUACAGUGGUCCAAAAGUCUGAGUCUUUUACUAAGAACCGUUUCAAAAGUACAUUAUUUAGUUUGCAUUAUUUAAAGCUGCUGUGUGUCUUUAACACUAGCUAAUAUUUCAAUUGUCACUAAUAAUGUUUUGAGUGACUUUUGCACGUCAAGCACUUGUUUUGUAACUUUCAGAAGAGCUAAGCGAAGCACCUCAUGGACAAAUUGCUCUCCAGUUAGAAGAACUAUCGCAGUGUCGAUCAGCAGCUCUGUUUGGAGGGAUAAUGUCCUCCAAAACAAUUCUCCUUGAAUUGACACAAACUAAAGAUCAAUACAUUGUUUUAGCUGUUACACCAGAUCAUUUAAUGACAAAACCAGCAUUUUGACGAAUGGAAACCAGAUUCAACCAGUAGUCAAACACUUACACGUGAACCUAACAGAAGGACUUACUCACAUUGCAGAGCUCCUGUAUGUCAGAGUUUCUAGGUUUAGGUUGUGCAGGAGAGGAGACUUUAAGCAGGACGCUGACUGUUGACACGCAUCAAAACUCUGCCAGGACUGAAAUCUAGAGGAGGAGCAGGAGGUCUUCACGGCUCUUAUAUCCACAGUCACAAGACCUCAACCCUGCCGUAACAUGUCUGGGAACAUUAGAAACAAAUAACAAGCAAAACAUAACAUCACAAGGCUCUCUCUGAGGUGCUCUACAGACAACUGGAAUAAUGUGAAUGAUCAAGAAACGCUCUGAUGCAGACUGCAAGCUGUGAUUAGAGCAAAUAUCUGAUAUUUUGUUUGCUGGCGUGCAGAUGUUUGUGUAGUCACGCUUCACAACUGUGGAAAGCCUCGAGCGAUAAACGGUUCUACUCAGUUGUUGGUAGUAAAGUAAGACUUUUGGACGUCACUGUAUAUUUUCACUAAGCCUGAUGUUCACUUUUACAAUAUGCACCGUUUCUCACCGAGGCGUCGGUCACUGUCAGUGUGACACUUCUCUUGUUGUCAUGUUUUUAAAAUAAACCCCGCUUCUUUCACUUUUCUA